UCCUCACAUCCACACCCCGCUUUCGCCCACGAUGCAACGCUUAUACCUCGACUGCCGGUGACCCUCCUCCUCCUCCUCCUGAGUGUCCUCCGCCAUGGAUCCGCGAUACAGCUGGCAGCCCCAGGGCUAUCCGAACGGCCAGUACAAUCCGUAUGCGCCGCCUCCGCAACAACAGCAGCAGCAACAGCAGCCAAAUGUCUACCAGCAGCAUGGCUACCCUCAGUACCCUCCCAUGCAAAUGCAGGCGCCGCAGGGAUAUCCUCAGUCACAGCCACAGCAGUAUCAACUGCCGCCACAGCCCAGCAUGCCCCGACCCAUGAGCCAGCAAUAUGCGCCAAUGCCUCCUCAGAUGCAGCCACCACAGCAACCGCAGUACCAACGGCAGCCUCAAGUUGUCAUCCCCCCGAGGACACAGCAAUAUGCACCCUUGCCGCAGAUGCAGCCCCCGAGGAUCCGGCAUGUCCAGGUACCGGUCCAGCGAACAAGCAGCACAGGCACAGUGCAAACAGAUGGCUCUGGCGACCAACAGCGGCGGUAUAGCGCGCAACAGGCACCCAGCACGCCCAGUUCCAAGCCAGUGCAGCGAUCUCCCUCAUUCCAAGAGAAUGGACCCAGGCCGCAGCAGCGACCCGUCAUCACCCCAUCGCACACUCAAGCCCAACCUCGAGCACCUCUGCAACCGCAGACGACGCCUCAGCAACAACGGGUACCUUCGCAGUCGACGCCGCAACAGCAGUAUAUGCCCUCACAGUCGCCCUCUCAACAGCAGCGAUCUUCGCAAUCCACGCCCCAACAACAGCGACCCCCACAGUCGACUCUUCAGCAACAGCGACCCUCUCAGCCAACGCCCCAGCUGCAGCGUAUGCCCUCACAACCUACGCUUCAAGAACAGCGUAGGCCCUCUCAAUCUACCCCUCAACAACCGCGACCCCCACAAUCUAUCCCUCAGCAACAGCGACCCCCUCAAUCGACGCCCCAACAGCGCGUACCCCCACAGUCUCGAACGCCGUCGAGCCAGUAUGGCAGCCCAUUCCCUCAGCCGCCCUCAUCUAAACCACGAACGCAUCCCCAAGUCGUCAUACCGAAGGCCUCCUCUUUGCAUCAGCUCACACCUACGAAGCGCGCCCAUCCUCCUCAGAAGGCCCUUCCUGCCGAGCUCUCCGAACUAUUGCUCAUGGCUGCAGACGAAUACAUCGCAGUCGCGCGAGGCAUGGGAUCGCUGCUAAUACGGGAGAGAAGGGAGGUCGAUGUCCGACAAUACUAUAAGUUAAUGUCCACUGCCAUGGGGUGCAUGGAUACUGUGCUGAAGGACUUCAACAUGCCGCCUAGGGAUGAAGCCAAGCUGCGUUUGAGGUACGCCAGCUUGAUGAUUGAGGAGACAGACAUCGAGGCCGCGGACAUCUCCAGUCGGAUCGAGGAGAUUCUGUCCAAGCAGAUAUCACUCUGUGGACGCCAUCGCCUGCAAGACCUCAAAUUUGCCGCCCUCCAUCUUCAAGCACGAUAUCAGUUCAAGACCAACCACCGCGCCGGCCUGAAGUCACUCGACCAGCCUAUAAAGGAGGCGGAGACCUUCCAACACGUCGCAUGGGUAUACGCGCUGCGUUUUCUCAAAGUCACGCUCGCACUGCAGAUACCCGGUCGUGUUGAAGUGGCACUGGCUCUACAGCAACUGCACGCCAUACAAGACCACGCGGACCGGCGGGGUGAUCGAGCCAUCUACGUGGCUUGUCACGUACUCGAAGCCAUGGUUCAUCUGCGUUCUGGUGCAACAGACCGGCUUGAACAAGCCCAACGCGCCAUCGCAGCAGCUAGAAGCCUGCAGCUUCAGGUGUCAGCCAAACAGCUAGGGUCAUUCGGCACUCUGAUCGACAUCAUUGACAUCGCUAGCGGCAUCCAAAAAGGCAGUCCCAACCCGCAAAAGUCUACUGCGCUUCUCGAAUCCAUACUAGGCGACAAGACCGAACAGGGAAACUCCCAAAUCGGUGUCUUCACUGUUCUUAUUGAGCGGAGCUUUGGGGGUCACCUGACGUUCGAUACUGCCGGGAUCUUCCGAAAGAACGCGGAGCAAAAGGACGAACUCGUGUUUGCAUGGCUUCCCAAGGAGGAUCUUCAAGCGUUGUGCUUUCAUAUCUGCGCGCUCGACCAACAUGUUCAUGAGAAGGGCUUGAACUUCAUGAAGGAAGCACAUCAGCGCUUCCGAGAGACUGCGAAGCGACGCGUUUACAGUGGUGUACCUAUAUCGAUCGCCUUUGCACGUAUUGAGUGGAACAUGGUACUCGACUGGUAUUCCAUGUUCGCCAUCGGACUCAUGGCCCGUACUCGGAACGAUCAUGCAACAGCCGACGACGCGUUGGGUUUCCUCAAGAAGAAGAUCUCGACGACCCCAUACAACAAACAGGAAGCAUUCGCUCGUACACUCGCCUACUUCUCUGCCAUCACCGAUCAGAUAAACGGAUCCCACAACUCCUCACUAGCAGCAUUGUCCUCGGACGUCCUCGCCAUACCGGAGAAGGCCCACGCAACCCCCGCCAAGACAGAUAUCGCAAUCAUGGCAGCCCUGAACCGCCUCCUCAUCCUCCGCGAUGUCUCGCAUCCCCAACACUUCGAAGCAGCCCUCCUUCUAGCUCAGAUCAAACCCCUUUGCGACGACCACCCCAAUCAAUACGUCCGCAUCGCCUUCCGCCUCGCACAAGCAUUUCACAGCGAAGACGCGCCCAUCCUGCAACAGAAGAAAACUGUUCAAGCCGCCGUAGGCAUGGCCCAGGAUGUGUCAAAGCGAACGCAGAACUUCGAGUUCGUCGCUAUGAUGAUGUGUUACUUUGUUGCGCGUUUCUUCGCUGAGACCGUCGGCGAGAAGAGUAUCCAGGCUAUUCGUGCGGCGAGGUCGCAGGCGGUCAAGGUGCAUAGGCCGCUGUGGGUUGCUGUCGUUGCGGGUCUUUGUAUGAAUACUUAUAGAAGAAACGGACUCAUGGCUGAGGCGGAUAUGGCGGCACGCGAGUUCGAAAAUGUGAGGGGCCAGUUACCGCUUGCGUUGAGGGGCGCAGAUGAUGUGGAUGCGGAUGGCGACGUCGAUGCCGAGGGUGAAGAGGAUUUUGAUGCUGAUGGCGACAUCGAUGUCGUGGGUUAGAUGAAUGAUCAUGUCGUGCGGAUUCUCUUCUUCAUUUUUUCCGCUUUCGAAGCUCUCUCAAAACGCAUUUGUUGGCGCAAUAUGGCGGGGCUGCAUCAUGUACUGUAAAGGGUUCGAGAUACCAUGGCAAUCUAACGGCGUUUCAAUGCAUUUGCGUCACCCGCGAGAUAUGGAGAAAAGUGUGUAUUGAUAUGUGGGAGUAGAGAAAACGAUAGUACUCUGAAAUAUGGU